AUGCCUACUAAUCUCGCAGCAUGGAUGCCUGCAUCCAAACAACGGAUGCAAGUCGCAGAAGCUCCAUUCCCCACACCUGGUCCCGAUGAAGUCGUCGUCAAGAACCGCGCCGUAGCGGUCAACCCCAUCGAUUGGGUUUUGCAAGAUCAAGGUACCAGCAUGGCAUUCGGUUGGAUCAAAUAUCCUUUCGUCUUCGGAUACGAUGUCGCUGGCGAAGUGAUCCAGACUGGGAACAAGGUCGUACGGUUCAAAGUAGGAGACCGUGUUGUGGGCCAGGCGCACAGCACCGACAAAAAGAUAAACAAUGCAGCGUAUGGGGCAUUCCAGCUGUAUACCGUUCUCCUCGAAAGAAACACGUCGCCCAUUCCGGAUACCUUGUCAUUCGAAUCUGCUUCAGUGAUACCGUUGGGGUUCACUACUGCUGCUGCAGGACUGUUCGAGAAGGAUCAACUCGGUCUGCAGUAUCCUCAACUUAACCCUAACCCGACCGGAACGACUGUUCUUGUAUGGGGAGGCUCGACUAGUGUGGGCUGCAAUGCUAUCCAAAUGGCUGUAGCCGCUGGGUAUGAAGUCAUAUCGACAUCCUCACCAAAGAACUUUGACCUCAUGAGGUCGCUCGGCGCCAGCGAGGUGUUCGACUACAACGACCCUUCUGCAGUCGACAAGAUCGUUAAGUUCAUGGAAGGGAGAGAAUGCGCAGGAGCCCUAUCCAUCGGGGAGAAUGCAGUCUUCCGCUGUCUGGAUGUACUGGGCAACUGCAAAGGCGACAAACAUAUCGCAAUGGCGACGUAUCCGAUUCCAGCUCAACCGAAACGGUUAGUUGCGCUGCAGAUUGUCUGGAGCUUUGCCACCUCGAUGAUUUCUAUUGCGGUCAAAUCAAAGCUGAGAAAUAUCAGAACGAGUUUCAUAUACGGGUCAGUAGCAUACAGCCCUGUCGGUGAAGCCGUGUAUGCCGACUUCCUGCCUGAAGCCCUCGCGACUGGCAAAUUCAAAGCCGCGCCGGAGCCUAUGGUCGUUGGAGAAGGGCUAGAAGUUAUUCAAAAAGCGUUGGAUAUACAAAAGAAGGGCGUCUCGGCAAGAAAGGUCGUUGUAAGCCUUAAGUGA